GGCCGCGGGGUAUGUGGGUCGGGCCGGUAUGCGUCUGCCGUCUGGGGGCCGUCUGACGCUGCCGCCGCUGGUGCUGGUGCUGGUGGUGGUGCUGGUGCUGGUGCUGAGGUCGGACUGUGCUGCUGGUGCGGGCCGCGGUCGGCGGCAGCUCACUGUGCUCGGUCUGUUCGACAUGGACGCGGCCCGGUGCCGGCGGGCGUGCGGCCGGGCGCCCCAUGAGGGUCACUCGGACCUGGCGGCCGUGCAGCUGGCGGUGCAGCACGUCAACCGGCGGCGACUGGUGCCCGGCUAUCGGCUGCGGCUCAUCACCAACAACACCCAGUGCAGCGCUGGAGUUGGGGUGGACGCCUUCUUCCACGCUCUAUACACGCGGAAGUCGAGCCGAACGAUAGCACUGAUCGGCACCGGCUGCUCGGAGGUGACCGAACACUUGGCGCAGAUUGUGCCCUACUGGAACAUACUGCAGAUGUCGUUCGGGUCGUUCUCGCCCGCCCUCAGCGACCGCACGACAUUUCCGCUGUUCUUCCGUACCUCGCCGCCCGAGUCGGCGCACAACCUGGCGCGGUUGGCGUUUGUGGCGCACCACCGCUGGGACGCCGUGGCGACCGUCAGCGAGAACCUCAACGUGCACACACUGGCGAUGAACGAGCUGGUAACGGAGCUGGAGGCGAACAACGUCACGCUGCUGGCCACGGUCACACUGGACGCCAACGACUACCGGGAGCAGCUGAACUCGCUAAAGGAUCGAGACGUUCGGAUCAUCAUUGGCAGCUUUUCCACAGCGAUGACGGGCAAAAUAUUUUGCGAGGCGUACCGUCUGGGGAUGUUCGGUGCCGACUACGUCUGGCUGCUGUACGGCAGCACCUCGGAACGCUGGUGGCUGCGGCAGCCGCCGGACGGCUGUCGGGCGGCCGAGAUGAGAGCUGCCGCAGCUCACCUGCUGCUGGUGGACAGCUUCAGCGAGACCCGGCCGGGAGCCCGACCCGCCUCCGGACUGAGUUCGGCGGCGUUCCGGCGCGCGCUGCAGCUGCGUGGUGUACCCAUCACCCGUACCGCCUCCCUGGCUUACGACGCGCUCUGGAGCGUGGCGCUAGCUCUGCGGGCCACCCAGCGUCGCUGGAGGGCCCGCGGGGAGCGGCGGGCUCUCCACCGCUUCGACUACAGCCACGCCGGCACGGCUGCCGACCUGUUCAGCGCCACACAGCGACUCAACUUCACCGGCGUCUCGGGGCCAGUGAGUUUCGACGGCGCUGACCGGCGCGGUCUGACGGCCUUCUACCAGCUUCAAGGUGACAACCUGACCCUGGUGGCGCUGUACGACCCGCGCGGCGGUGGCUCGCUGGAGCUGCGCUGCGCCGCCUGCACUGCCAUCUGGUGGCCGGGCGGCGAGGUGCCGGUGGCGCGCCGUCUGGUGGUGGCGCGCGUAGUGACUGUCGCAGGCGCGGCGCUGCUCGUCGUCGGCUGCCUGGCCGUGCUCGGCGUGCUGCUCUCCGGGACAUUCCUGGCCUUCAACGUCUACUACAAACACAUGAAACAGGUGAAGCUCUCCAGUCCCAAACUGAACAGCAUCACCGCCGUCGGCUGCAUGCUGGUGUACGUCGCCGUCGUUCUGCUGGGGCUCGACUACGCCACGCUGACGGGCACGCGGCACUUCGACGUCGUGUGUACGGCUCGGGUGUACUUGUUUAGCACGGGCUUCUCGCUGGCUUUCGGUGCCAUGUUCACCAAAACGUUCCGCGUGCACCAGAUCUUCAUCGGUAGUCGGACCGGCGUCAUCAAAAACAAGAUGCUGCAGGACACGCAGUUGAUGGCGCUGAUCCUAGUGCUGUUGCUGAUCGACUGCGUCAUCGCCACGCUGUGGGUGACGCUGGACCCGCUACAGCGUCAGCUUCGUAACCUGACCAUGGAGUACGCUCCUGGGGACCGCGGCGUCGUCUACCUCCCGCAGGUGGAGGUGUGCCAUUCUCAGCACGAGCACAAGUGGCUGGGCGCUCUGUACGUCUACAAGGGCCUCCUGUUAACCGUGGCAGUCUAUAUGGCUUGGGAGACCAGAGGGGUGAAGAUCCCCGCGCUGAACGACUCCCGCUACAUCGGGCUCAGCGUGUACAACGUGGUCAUCACGAGUGUGAUCGUAGUCACCAUGGCCAACGCCGUCUGGGACCGGGUCACCCUCGCCUUCGUCCUCAUCGCGUCCCUCAUCAUCAUGUCCACCACGACCACACUCUGUCUGCUCUUCCUUCCAAAGAUUCACUCCAUCGUAUAUCACUCGGACCAGGAUCCGGUCACCGGCAGCAUGGGACUCAAACUGGAGAGCAAUACUCGCAGACUCCUGGUGGAUGACCGCAAGGAGGUCUACUACCGCGCCGAGGUGCAGAACCGCUGCUACCGACGUGAGGUCAUCCAACUGGAGAGAGAGGUUACUGCACUGGAGCGAGAGCUGAGCGCGGCGUUCGGGUCACCGGACAGCUCCCGGUCAUCGCAGAGCUCGUUGUCCGGGGAGUACCCGGCUCACCCGCCCUGCCCAGCCGCGCCGGAGCCGGCGGACCGGGAGGACGUGCUCCUCCUGCUGCAGUUUCUGCCGCCGGGUCCGGCGCUGCUGGCUCCUCCAGCCAGCCGGUCUCUGUGCGCCUCCCUUCCCUCACUGCACCUCCCUGACGGCGGACCGGGCCUGUGUCGGCGCCUACCGCCCGCCGGUAGUUCCACCGAGCUCUGGCGACCCUCCCGGACCGCCGGCCGCCGUAAGGACCGACUGGUAGUGCCCACCUACCGAGUCAGCGAUUUGAGCGUCAUCUCACCGAGCGCGAGCCUGCCGCCGCCGAGACCCGACUCCCGGGAGCGGCACUGCGCCGUCCAGGAGGGGGUUCGAACCCUGGAGAGCACCCUGGAGAGUCUCAGUGACCGGUUUCCCGUCACCUACCGGAUACAGAUCCGGCCGAAACCGGCACCGACCUGCGCCGCCGCCAACGGCCGCCUGUAGCGCCGUCUGCUGGCCGUGGCGGGAGGGGGCUGGUGGGGGUGGACGGCGGCAGAGCUAGGUGGCGCUGAGGACGUCUUCAAGUCGCUUUUGACUGCUGUUCUGCAGCCGCGAUCAUUGGCCAGGGAGCAUCGACUGUGACUUCUGAACUGUUUGUCGCGCAGGUUACACCACUGUGCCGACUGGCUAGUGCUGGGCCGGCAUCAAUUCCCAGGGAUUAUCGAGGUUAACCAAUCAGCUAACCUGUUAGAAUUCCUUGCAUUGACAACAUCCAUGUUACCGGCAGGUAACAAACAAAUUCAUCAAGUGAUAAUUACUGAUGCGUUCGACCGAUACACACUUGUUUUACCCAAUGAGAAGGCUGAUUGCAUAUUCUCAGGCAUAUCCUAGCUUCUAUCCCGAUACAGAGCUGUUCAUGAAGCUUCAAUUCCAUUUGUAACCUUUUUAACCAGCAUCUUUUAUUUGAAAACAUCCCUCAGGAAAAAUGUGGUCACAACGUGCCGCACCGAAAUAAGUCAGGGAAAUGACUAAUGUGACACCGUUCCAUGCUUCUAUCCUCAAGAUGCAGAAAUCCUUCUCCCCCACGCCGCAACCCCCCUCCGGGCUGGACAGGUGACUUUAUCUCAUGCGGGCUGCUA